AUGGCAGAGAAUGACACUGUGGUGACAGAAUUCAUUCUAAUGGCAUUCCAGCUGUCGGCAGGGCUGCAAAUGAGUCUCUUCUUUGUGUUUCUGGUGCUAUAUUUCGUCACCGUGGGGGGCAACCUGGGCAUGAUAGUGUUGAUUCAGAGAGACCUUCGUCUCCAAACUCCCAUGUACUUCUUCCUCCGCCACCUUUCCUUCCUGGACAUUUGCUACUCUUCUGUCAUUGUCCCUCAGUUGCUUGAGACCUUGGGUACCCGUAAGAUGGCCAUCACUUACGAACGCUGUGCCACCCAGUUCUUCUUCUUUACACUCUGUGCCAGCACCGAAUGUUUCCUUUUGGCUGUGAUGGCCUAUGACCGCUAUAUGGCUGUGUGUAACCCCCUCUUCUACGCCACUGCCAUGACACCACAGACCUGCCUAGGGCUGGUGGCUGGGGCAUAUGCUUGUGCCAUGGUCAUCGCUGUGAUCCGCACUGGGUGUACCUUUUCGAUCUCCUUCUGUAAGUCCAACCACGUGGACUUCUUUUUUUGUGACCUCCCACCCCUGCUGAAGCUUGCGUGUAGUGAGACCAAGCCACGGGAACGGGUCAUCUACCUCCUAGCUUUCUUGGUCAUUACGACCAGCAUAUCAGUGAUUCUUAUAUCCUACUUUUUUAUCAUUCAUGCUAUUCUGAAGAUUCGUACAGCAGGUGGCAAAGUCAAGACUUUCUCCACCUGUGUUUCUCACAUGACUGCAGUGGCUCUUUUCUUUGGGACACUCAUAUUCAUAUACCUGAAAGGUAACAUGGGCGCAUCGCUUGGGGAGGAUAAGAUUGUGUCAGUAUUUUACACGGUGGUCAUCCCUAUGCUGAACCCAAUGAUCUACAGCUUGAGAAACAAGGAAGUGAAGGAGGCUCUGAAGAAAACUCUCAACAGGAUAAAGGUUUCCCAAGUACAGUAAGACUUGAGCUCCAUGAAUUCAGAAGCUCCUGCAAAUCAUCCUUUGGGCUUCUCUCUUUAACACAUGAACUAGAUUUCACAAUGACAAAGACAUAUUGAGGCAAAAAAAAUAUGUAGCUUUGGGUAUCAGCAAUUUCUUUAUUAGCUCUAUGACCUUCAGUCAGAAAUUCUCUGCCCCAGUUUUCACAUCGGUAAAAAUUCCUGCCUUGCUAUGAUUAAAGCCAGGAUGAAGAGAGACGGAAUGCCAAAGGGCUUUAUAAAUAAUAACAUGCUAUAAAAUUGAAAAUUGACUUUCUCACCUGUCCUGGGUAUUGCUGAGUGUUUUCUCAGCUACUUGAGUUCAAAAAAUUCAAGCUGCCAAGCUAACUUUUGCACUUGAA